CAUUUUGACUUUUUGACAUAAAGUUGAACAUGAACAAAAGCUGAUUGUUGAAUAAAAUAAUUAACAAUACAUUUAUCAAAGACUUUCAAGUUCUUUGCAAAUUAAUUUAAACAAACGUUCAUCAGAUUGUUAUUAAAUAUAUAUAUAUAUAUAUAUAUCCAGAUUCACAACCUUUCUUUGUUUUGUUCUAUGUAAUCAAGAAGUUCAAUUUUACAAGUAAGUUAUAUUGAAAGUGAAAUAUUUUUAAUUAAUAGAUUUUCCAAUUGAUAAAUUCAAGAAUAGCUAUAUUUUUUUUCAAAAUUAAUCUGUGAUUUUUGUUCUGCGACUUUCAGAAUUUUGUUCUAAAAAAUUCUAGAAUAUUCUAGAAAAAAAGACUUUUUGGUUUCCUCUGAGAUGAUUGGUACGUAGUCUACUACAAUCACACAGUGCAACGCAUGUCCAAUCGUGUUGUGAUUCUGGUUUCUUGUGAAAUUUUGAUUUGAUAAUAGGCCUAGGUAGUUUGGAGGUUAGAAUUAAAAGUUUAUUCUUUCAACAUAAAGUCUCGAUAGGCCAUUAAUUUAUUAUGUCAGUUUUAUAUUCUAUUUUUAAAUUUUGAAUUUACCUUAUUCUAAACAAAGCAAAGAGGUAAAAGUUUGUUUUAAUUAUACUAGGGUACCGUUAAUAACUUUUAAUUGAAACUGAUUAGCUCUUACUACACGAAAAUAAAAAUAAAUUCAACUUGGAAUUAACUAUUUGUUUUAUUAAUUAACUUAUUUCUAGAAUUAGAAUCAUAAUAAUUUUAUUUCCUAUACUUAGCUAUCUUUUAUUGACAGAGUACUGUAGGUACCGUAUCAGUUUUUGGGAACAAAUUAUUUACCUUGGGAUUAAUUUUAUUAUGGAUGCUCUUCUUACUAGUCCUAGAGCCAAUAAUCAAAAACGACUUGAAAUGUUCAAGAAGAAGUUUGGAUCACCAGAUUUUAAAGACGUUCUUAGAAAGAGGUGCAGAGAUAAAAUAAAAGCUGACAGAGGUGCCUUGUUCAACGCCUCACGACUUAUAAGUAAUUCAGAAGUUCUGUCCAUUAUGGAGGAGAUGUCUUUGGAGCCUCCGACUCAUUCGCAAACUGAAAGUCACUCUCAAGAAGCUAUGGAAAUAACUCCAAUCCAAAUAAAUAGUAGGGACACUGUAGAUUUCGAAGAAGAAGAAGAAGAGGAAGGACUAGAGAAAGCCUACAUCGAUGAUUUAACAGAGAAAUACUUCUCGGCAAUGUACAACAAAUUGAUGGCAGAGGAGAUGGAAUUGUUCGACUCGUUGAUGGACGAGAAGAUCAUCUGCCCGAUUUGUCAGAAGGGCGUGUUCGAGAGCGCGAAGGGCUGCCUGACAUGUGGCCUCUGCUCGGCGCGGCUGCCCUGGACUGGCAGUGUCACGCGACUCAAGGACUUGCUCGCUCUGGCCGUCUCCGAGCACAGCACCAUUUGCCGCAGUGCACCCUGCUUCUCCAUAGUCAACUACGAAGGCACCACCACCGAGCUCUUCAUGAACUGUCCCAACUGCUACUACCUCACGCAGAUAUCCUAAUUUGGUUACCUAACUACAUCUUAAAAACCACAUCGUAAUUUGGUUAGGCUAGGUAACUAGAUCUCAAAAUCCAGAUAGUAAUUUGGCUAACCUAAAUACAUCUCAAAAUCCACAUUAAGCAUCUGUAAUGAGCUUCACUUCAAUGUAUCAGCAUUCAGUGUAAACAAUUUGACUACUACCCAAAUUCAAUCAAUGCUGACAUUGAAUCUCACUAUAGUUCUUAUUUGUAUUGGACCAUAAAAUGCAGUUCUCAAUAUUAGAACUACAGAUAACAAUAUUUAGCUUGGUUCCUAUCCGAAUUAAAUUGUGAAUUGAAUACUGAUUUAAAUACUUUCUUAUAUUCAAUUUAAUAUUUUAACUAGUUCAGAAUCACGUUAAUAUGAUAUAGUUUCAGUACCUGUUACCUAGCAAUCUCAUUUUUUCAUUCUUGACUAAAUAACUGUUACUCAUUCAAACUAGUUUUUAAUAAAUUGAGCUUUUACCAAAUAACUUCUAUCUGGAUUCUCUCACACUGGUCUACUGCUAGUAAAGGAUUCAUGGUGGAAGCUAUUCGGUGUGAUUCCAAUUUUAUACAAAUAUGUAAAGGUAUCGUAUCCAAUUCAAAUAUGAACUUGAUAUAAACAUUCAAUUCAAAUAUGAACUGUACUGAAUAUCGUGAUCUUGUUCAAAUAAUGGAAACUGGAUUUUUGGAUCCAAUUCAAAUGUUAACUAGAUAUCAAAAUUCAACGCAAAAUGGACUAUAGUUUCAAAUCACUAGUAUACCGAAUAAGUUUUUGUAAAGUAUGGACUGAAUUCUAUGAUCAAAUACGAAAUAAAUUCAUUUUUUUGUUGCAAUAUCGACUGGAUAUCGUUUAAUCAAUCCAGUUUUAGAAUGAAAAGAGAAUAUCCAAUCCUGGAUCAAUUUUCAUGUAAACUGAAUAUCAAAAUUCAAAUUUGGAAUUACUUCGUUGAAAUAUCGGCUGGGAUUCUAGAAUUAGGCUCAGUUCAGGAUCCUUAUAUCCAAUUCUUUAUGUAGAUAAUUCUAUAGUUGAUUCUGUUGAUGUCUGUCCAUGACAAUUUUCUAUCAAUAUCCAAUCUAAAAAUGAUGUAACUAGAUUUCAUUCUAUUUGAAGAAUAUUUUUUUUAACAACGGAGUAUUGUAAUCCAGUAGCAAUUACCUAACUGUGUUACCUAACUCUUAAUUUAUUAUUUUAUUAAUUUCUAAAUAAUGUUAUUGUUUAGACUGUGGAAUUUGAAAACUGUAGAUGGUAGUGAGAAUUUAGAUGUCUGGAUGAUGCAUUUGUACAGACUGUAAUAAUGUAUUUGUAAGAACAGUGUUUCAUAACGUGAAGAAUUUAGAUGAUUUAAAUAGUUGAUAUUGUGAUCUGUGCGAACGAUAUGAGUAUUGUCAAGUGUACCUUAGAAUGGGACCUUACUGCUAGCCUACUUGAGAUUUUGAGCUUGGAAAGAAUUGCAAUGUUUGAUGUAGUAAAUCAACCAACUCUUACAAAUGUUGAUUACGGUACAAAGAAAAAUAUAGAAUAAUCAGUGACAAGAGAUCUGACUUUGAUUUUGUGUCUGAAAUGUUAUUUAUUAUCGAUUAUUAUGCAGCCUUCAACUUACAAUCUCAUUGCUCAACGCAAGCUAACAGUGAAUGGUCUAGCUUAUUAAUAUAGUAAGCACCAAGUGCUACUUAAAAAUUAGUCAAUUCAUAUUUAAGAUUUCAGUGGGAAUCAAAAUUUAUCUGUGAUCAAUUGGUCAAGUAUUGGCUACAUCACUAAUUAUGUCCAAUUAGAUAAAUAUUUUUUAAUAAACUUGGGUAAUAAUAGAUUACGUAGGCCUAUUUACUCUUUAGAUUAGACAUCUUCCUUUUAAAAUUUUGUUCAAUUCAUUUCAACAACUCAGUUGAAAUCAUUUUACAUCGAAAUAUUUUUUAAAUUAUCGCAGUCGUCAGUAGAAUAUUUCUGUUUCAAAUUCUCGUUUCACAUACGCUCUCAAGAUUUUAUUUUCCUUUAAGUUCGUGAAAUGAGGAACUUUCACUGACAAACUCCGGUGAAUCUUGAACUUUCUUCUGGAACUCCUAAGUUUUUCUUCAAUCAAAUGUAUAGUUGUCAUAAAUCUAUAGUGACACUUUCCUUGAGGUUGAGCAAGUCAUAAGUAACCUAGUGCUUAUUAUUGAUAGCUUAAUCUAUUUAUAACAAGCAGUGUGAACUCAUUAUAUUCGUGAUGUAAUAAAUCAUAUUAUAUUCAUAUUUUUAUCCGUAUUCCCAAGACAUAUUUUCAUACGGCUGUUUCCAAUAUCAUAGACAUAAUAUCAUACUUAUUCUUGAAAUUCUUUUCUACAGUAAAACAAUUUGUAAACCUAUGACUAUAUUAACUUUGAAGACUAUAAUUUGUCUGUCAUUCUUUCAAUUUCAGUCAACGAAUAUUGCUUUUGUAGUACCAGGUUAUUAAAGAAGAUUAUUAUUCAGUUUAUUCAUUAUACACAAUAGAAUUUUUUACUUGGUUCAAUAAAUUUGAAAGAAAUUAUAUUCUUCCUCUGUAAAUACAAUUUUUCUCCUUGGAUUAAUUCGUAGAUUUGUCAAGUUUCAAGAGCAAGGUAACAGUUUUUCAGUUUAGAUAUGUUUCCAAUAGUACCUAUUCAUAUACUUUCUCUCUCUCUCUCUCUCUCUCUCACUCACUCUCUUUCUAUUCAUUAAAUAUUCAUUUAUUUUCCGAUUUUAAUCUUCCACCUGAGUAGAUCCAAGUUAGGAUAUUUUGCUCAAUAUGUUACUUAGUGAUUUAGUUUAUAGGUAUUCAAUGUUAUGUUGUCAAUGUAUAGCUGUCACAGCUUAGUGCAAAGCUUGUGAAAAAUAUUUCGUAGAUCAGUGAUCAGUAUGUUAAUUUUGUAAAUUUCAUUUUUAUGUUACUGUACGCUGUACGUUGUUAUAAUUUCUUCAGAUAAGUGUUCAUGUUUACAUCAAUAAAAUACUUUUUCAUGAA